GAUAAGGAUGGGGACAGGGAUAGGGAUGGGGACGGGGAUGCUGCAGGGCUGCGGCGCUUCACCUGGGAGGAGAUCGGUCAGCGGAGCGGGCGGGGGUCGGUCCCGCAGGAGCGCUGGCUGGUGAUCGACAGGAAGGUGUACGACAUCAGCCGCUUCUGCCGGAGGCACCCGGGAGGGGCCCGGCUGCUCGUCAGCCACGCCGGGCAGGACGCCACGGAUGCCUUUGUGGCAUUCCAUGUUGACAAGGUGCUGGUGAGCAAGUACUUGAAGCCACUGCAGAUUGGGGAGCUGGCACCAGACCAACCCAGUAUUGAGCCCCAUAAAAAUGAAAUGCUGGUGAAAGAUUUCCGGGAAUUGCGUGACACCGUUGAGAAAAUGGGACUUCUGGAGCCAAACCAGCUCUUCUUCUUCCUGCACCUUGCUCACAUCCUGCUGCUGGAUUCUGCUGCCUGGCUCAUUCUCUUCUACUUUGGGACAUCCUUAAUGCCUUUUGUUGUCUCCCUGCUGGCACUGACCAUUUCCCAGGUCCAGGCUUCAUGGCUACAGCAUGAUUUAGGACACCUUUCAGUGUUCAGGAAGACCAAGUGGAACCGCUUGCUGCACAAGUUUGUGAUGUGCCACUUGAUUGGGGCAUCAGCCAAGUGGUGGACUCUUCUGCACUCCCAGCACCACUCCAAACCCAACUGCUUCCACAAAGACCCUGACAUCGAUAUGCACCCCUUCCUGUUCACUCUGGGCAAGAAACUCUCGGUGGAGCUUGGGAUCAAAAAGAAGAAGUACAUGCCCUACAACCACCAACACAAAUACUUCUUCAUCACUCUUCCUCCGCUCCUGUUUCCCACCUACUUCCACUGCCACACGUUCUACAUUGCUUACACUAAAGGGUAUUGGGUGGACUUGGCCUGGAUGAUGACCUUCUACAUCAGAUUCUUUUAUACUUAUGGAUCAUUAUUAGAAAUUAAGAGUGUCCUGGCAUAUUAUUUUAUAUUCAGGAUGCUGGAGAGCAGCUGGUUUGUCUGGGUUUCCCAGAUGAACCACAUCCCUAUGGAUAUUUACUACGACAAGAACUUGGACUGGAUGUCGACUCAGCUCCAGGCAACGUGCAACGUCGAGCAGUCACUGUUCAAUGACUGGUUCACUGGGCAUCUGAACUUCCAGAUUGAACAUCACCUGUUUCCCACGAUGCCAAGACACAACUACUGGAAGGUGGCCCCUCUGGUGAGGUCCCUGUGUGCCAAGCACGGCCUGGAGUACCAGUGCAAGCCCCUGCUGACGGCCUUUGCAGACAUCGUGCACUCCCUGAAAAGCUCAGGAGAGCUCUGGCUCGACGCCUACCUGCACAAAUAAGGAGCCCAGGAUCGGUGGGGCCAUCCAGAACCUGCCAUGUCUGCAUUCCCAGCAGACCCAGGAGCAGGAGCCACGAGGGACUCUCUGGCAGAGGAGAAUGAGCAAGAACUGAAGGAUACCAUUCCAAUAGGGAUGAAGCCACCUGAAUUUUACUGCUGGUCUUUCCUGGGGUUUUGGUUCCGAUC